AUGGAACCCUUCCAAGUGCGCCUCAAUUGCGUGGAUCAUUAUCAGGCGGCCCCGUCGGAUUUCGACCCUCCCCUGCUUUACAGGGAUUCGACCUCGGGCAAAAAUGAUCGGGUUAAAGUCCCUAUUAUCAGGGUCUUCGGCGCAACGCAGACUGGCCAGAAGGUCUGCGUUCAUGUCCAUGGCGCAUACCCUUAUCUCUAUGUUCAGUAUGAAGGCGAUCUAGAUGAAGAGAAAGUAAGUGCCGCGACCAAACAUCUCCAUCUCUCUAUCGACCGCGCACUAGCAGUGAGCUAUAAUCGAAAUCCCAACGAUAAGAAAUUCGCCUUCGUCGCGCAUAUCACCUUGGUCAAGGGCGUGCCUUUCUACGGCUACCAUGUUGGCUACAAGUUCUACUUCAAGGUUUACUUGACAAACCCGAUCUACAUGACCCGACUGGCCGAUCUGCUGCUCCAGGGUGCGGUAUUGAAACGAUCUGUCCAGCCGUACGAGAGUCAUCUGCAAUACAUCCCUCAGUGGAUGUGCGAUUACAGUCUGUACGGGUGCGCUUAUAUGAAGUGUAGCAACGUUAAAUUUCGAAUGCCCGUGCCGGAAUAUCUCGAGCUCACCAAUUCGUCUCACCGCUGGCAUGACCGUUCGAUACGCCCUGAAGACUUGUCGGAUCCUUCCGUCCUCCCUAAACAGAGCUACUGCCCGCUGGAAGUGGACGUCUGCGUUCAGGACAUCAUGAACCGCUCUGACGUCAGUGAAAGGUCUAUUCACCACGACUUUACCGAGUACUUGAAGCCGAUGUCUUCCGAUCAGCGACUGGUUCCGAGUAUGGCUGGCCUUUGGCAGGACGAAGAGCGCAGACGGAAGAAACGUCUCGGACUUGAGCCAGACAGCAGUCCGUUUGUCGCCGAGGAGCUAGUUUCCUUAUCGGUAGAUCCGAGGAAUACAUCGCAAGGUGGCUGGAUUCACGAGGAAGAGUAUAGGGAGAUGACAAUGCACACUAUCAACGAGGAAAAGAGCCACUACAAUGGCGCUGAUGUUAGCUUCGACAAUUUCCUUACAGAAAACCCCCUCGCAAAGAAUGUAAAGACCGCGCUUCAGAGCGUCGAGGAUUUCUAUCCUGGCAAGGAAGAGCUCACCAGAAUCGAAUUUCGUAAUGAUAAUGACUUGCAGCUGCCGGAGGAGUCCGAUGUCGGUAGCGGCGAGGAAGCACUUGUUCCUGCCAGAUCGGAUGAGGAGUCGUAUGAUUUGGAAGAGGAUGAUAUUUCGAGCCAGUUGCAUGGAGAGACAUAUGAAGAAGGAAUCAACACAUCAGAAGAUUAUUGGGCCGAUGGCUUAUUUGAUGUCGCUGCCCACAACAUCUUUGAUGAUGAACCAGAUCCUGGAGUCUCUGACCCAGAUCAUGAUGUUGAUUCUCAGGCAGAGCUUCUCGAUUCGGAAUACUCGGAGAUCUUUGAACAUACAACGUCAGCGCAUGCCGACGGCUUGGAGGUUGAGCAAGACAUUCUGGAUGGCAGAACCCAAAGGAACAAGCGCUUUUCGGAUCACAAUUCAAGCCGCGAACGUCCCCACAAACGUCAACGAUUCUUCGAAGAUGCUCUAUCGCAACAGUUAGAAAGUCCGACAAAGCAGGUCUUGCGGCAGCAUGCAGCCCAUUUUCAGAUCAACAGCUCAGAUACGGAAGACAUGCUAGACGAGCUAUAUGAGUUUGUGGAACAUUUGCCGUCGCAGGAGAAAACGUCACAAUCUACCAUCCGCCCAAGCAAGGCACAGAGCAGGAGGAUAAGCUUCCCUGUUGUGAAAGAUCCCAAUGACCCUAUGACCGUCUUGCGAUUUAGUCAGGACAGUAGCCUCUCUUCCAAAGAUUUGAGGGAAUUUGACGGCGUCAAUGUGUUCGAGUCUAACGAAAACAUCUCUCUCAAGACCAGUUUCAACGAAUCAUCAUCGCAACUGCAGUCAUCGGCUACUGAGACUAGGCCUGACCAUGCAAAUGCCCAUUCAGAUGCCCAGGCCUCGAAGAUAAUGAACAGCAUCUAUGGCAGCUUCAAUAUACCCAUGCAAACUCGUAUUGGCUUAUGGCGAAGAGCCUGUCCCAGCUCGAGCGAAGUCUCCUCAACCCUGUGUCAUUUUGGAUAUCCAUAUACUAUCUACCAGAAAGCCCAUUACAGUGACGAGAAUGAUGUGCCCGACCGGCCAAGGGACUAUGCAGGGAGAGAGUUCCGUUUGGAAGGAGUUGGCAUACACUUUCUCCCCAGAUUCGAUCCUCUAGGACGAUCUGUGGCGACGCUAGGCGACGACUAUGCUGUGUCAAAAAACAAACGCUCCCAGGAGAAGACUGAUCAACUGCUGCGCGAAUCGUGCACGUUGAGAGAAUGGGAGUUUGCCCCUGUACCGCCCAGUCGCUCAGAGGUCAUAGAGUGGUUCGAGAAGCUCGAAGAAGAGGCCAAGAAAGAUCCGGCAAAACCGCAAGCCUCCCCACGCGAGCGAGUCCAAGCGAACGUCAUGUCGCAAAUUGAAGGUCCUACGCAGAAGAACGAUUAUGGUUUCAAAUACUCCCAAAAAGGCAAAUCCACCAGCGUGGAGCACCAAACUCAUUAUAUGAGCAUGAUGAGUCUAGAAGUACAUGUGAACACUCGCGGAGAGCUGGCACCAAACCCCGAGGAAGAUGAGAUUAGCUGCGUUUUCUGGUGCUUGAACUCGGGCGACGAAGAUGUUGACGCCAAUGGUACUUUGCCGGGUGUUCAUGUGGGGAUGAUUUCCCAGAGCGAAGAGGAUAGGCCUGAUGCGAAGCUCUCCAAGGCACUGAGGAUCGAAUGGGACCAUGAACCGUCGGAACUUGAUUUGAUCAACCGAGUUGUGGACAUUGUCCGGUAUCAUGAUCCAGAUCUCAUCACGGGCUACGAGGUCCACAACAGCUCCUGGGGCUAUGUCAUUGAGCGAGCUAGGAAGAAGUACGACUUCGACAUCUGCGACGAGCUGUCCCGCGUCAUAUCACAAGCCCAUGGGAGAUUUGGCAAGGAUGCUGAUCGAUGGGGUUUCAACCACACGUCUUCAAUCCGGGUCACUGGGAGACACAUGAUUAACAUAUGGCGAGCGAUGAGGAGCGAGCUCAACCUAUUGCAGUAUACCAUGGAGAAUGUCGUUUUCCACCUGCUGCACCGCCGGAUCCCACACUACUCCUUCCGGGAUCUAACAGCGUGGUAUCAGAGCGGGAAACCGCGUGACUUGAUGAAAGUGAUCGAUUACUUUGUCUCGCGGGUUCAGAUGGACCUUGAGAUACUAGACUCCAACGAACUCAUCGCCAGGACCAGUGAGCAAGCACGGCUCCUGGGCAUUGACUUCUUCUCGGUGUUCUCACGGGGCUCGCAGUUCAAAGUCGAGUCCCUCAUGUUCCGCAUUGCCAAGGCAGAGAACUUCAUGCUUGUGUCGCCCAGUAGGAAGCAAGUCGGUCAACAAAACGCUCUCGAAUGCCUCCCGUUGGUCAUGGAACCACAGAGCGACUUUUACACUAGCCCGCUCAUCGUACUUGAUUUCCAGUCGCUCUACCCCAGCAUCAUGAUCGCAUACAACUACUGCUACUCCACAUUCCUCGGUCGCGCACGGCAAUGGCGAGGCCGCAACAAGAUGGGAUUCAUGGACUACGAACGGCAGCCACAGCUGCUCGAACUCCUCAAGGACAAAAUCAACAUCGCACCCAACGGCAUGAUAUACGCCAAGCCGGAAGUGCGCAGAUCCCUCCUGGCGCGCAUGCUGGCCGAAAUCCUGGAGACGCGGGUCAUGGUCAAGACGGGGAUGAAGGUCGACAAGGACGACAAGACGCUGCAGCGCCUGCUAAACAACCGACAGCUGGCGCUCAAACUCAUCGCCAACGUCACGUACGGGUACACGUCGGCGUCCUUCUCGGGGCGGAUGCCGUGCUCCGAGAUCGCGGACAGCAUCGUGCAAUCGGGCCGCGAGACGCUCGAGAAGGCGAUCGCGUUCAUCCACUCAGUGGAGCGCUGGGGCGCGGAAGUCGUCUACGGCGACACGGACAGCCUCUUCGUCUACCUGAAGGGCCGGACGCGGGACCAGGCCUUCACGAUCGGCGAGGAGAUCGCGCAGGCGGUGACGAAGAUCAAUCCGCACCCAGUAAAGCUCAAGUUCGAGAAGGUCUACCACCCGUGCGUGCUGCUGGCCAAGAAGCGGUACGUGGGGUUCAAGUACGAGCACCGCGGCCAGACGGAGCCCGACUUCGACGCCAAGGGCAUCGAGACCGUUCGCCGCGACGGCACGCCCGCCGAGCAGAAGAUCGAGGAGAAGGCCCUGAAGCUCCUCUUCCGCACUGCCGAUCUCAGCCAGGUGAAGGCCUACUUCCAGGCCCAGUGCGCCAAGAUCAUGCACGGCCGCGUCUCCGUCCAGGACUUCUGCUUCGCGCGCGAGGUCAAGCUCGGCACCUACAGCGACCGCGGCCUGCCGCCCCCCGGCGCCCUGAUCAGCGCCCGCCGCAUGGCCGCCGACCCCCGCGCCGAGCCCCAGUACGGCGAGCGCGUCCCUUACCUCGUCGUCGCCGGCGCCCCCGGCAGCCGCCUCAUCGACCGCUGCGUCGCCCCGGAGACCCUCCUCCACGACGCCACCCUCGACCUCGACGCCGACUACUACAUCACCAAGAACCUGAUCCCCCCGCUCGAACGCAUCUUCAACCUCGUCGGCGCCAACGUCCGCCAGUGGUACGACGAGAUGCCCAAGCAACAACAACAACAACCCCCCCGCACCGGCCUGCGCAAAACCCUCGAAUCCUACCUCAAAUCCUCCACCUGUCUGGUGUGCAAGUCGAAACUCGAGGCCUCCGAAGCCGCAGCAACAACAACAACAACAGCAGCAGCAGCAGCAGCAGCAGCCUCUGCCUCCCCGCUCUGCGCCGAGUGUCUGCGGCGCCCCCAUCUCCCGUUGUUCGACCUGGUGGGCCGGCAGCGGCAGGCGGAGAGGAAGGUGACGGAGCUGGAGCGCAUCUGCCGGUCGUGUAUGGGCGUCUCGUUCGGGGAGGAGGUGCGCUGCGACAGUAAGGAUUGCCCCGUGUUCUAUUCGCGGACCCGGGCCGUGGCCGGUUGGCGACAUACCCAGGCGGCGCUGGAUCCCGUGAUUCGCUUGCUGCAGGAUACCACGGAGAGUGCUCUGGAUUGGUGA